AUGCAGGAGAUUUGGCGGUCACUCGAGCUGCCGGCGCCGCUCGAGACGAAUUUGCUAGUGCAGCAGAAUCUGAGCACGCGCACGGAGCUGGAGGCGUGGGUAGAGGCGCAAAAGACGCGCAUUCUGGAGGAGAAGCGCGCCGAUCAGCUGCAGGCCCAGGAGCAUGCGCGUGCUACAGACGAGGCGCAGCGCAAGCGCGAGGUGCUGCAGAUCGAGCACCAGCGGCUGUCAACGGACUCCCACACGAAGGAGAAGGAGCUGAACGCCAGUCAAGUGGAGAUUGAGGCGCUGCAGGCCGAGAAGAGCCGGAGGGAGCCUGUGGUGAAGCAUUUACUUGCACAAAUGGUGGAGGAGGAUGCCAAGCUCAAGCAGCUUCUGGCAGAGUCACAGAAGCAGAGGGAAAUGUUGAAACAGCAGCUACGUGAUCUCAAGCAGGGACUCGCCUUGUAUGAGAAACUCGGACUCGUCUUUGAGCACUUGGAAGUGAAUCGCAUCAUUGCUCGGUUCAGUCAGAUAGACCCACAGGACCCCAGUCGUGAGUUUUCGUUCCAAAUCACGAUAAACCCUAUCACAGACCGAUAUGUUGUCGAUAAUUGUAACGAAGAAGUGGCGUCGCUGGACGAGCUUGUGACGAACCUAAACGAGUCUGGCGACUUGGCGCUCUUUGUCCGCUCCAUGCGCCGUCAAUUCAAGCAGCUCGUGUAG